UCAUUUCCAUCUCAUCAGUGUCAAUUCAGUUCAUUCGUCGUGAUAAUCCGCCUGCACAGCGCAACCCUCUGCUGCAAGACUCCUCUCGUUUCCUGAGGGUCUUCUCUUCUUAAAUCCAGACGCCAGCCUAGACUCUUUCUUCCCGCAGCUAGCUUGAUUGCGAAGGUGUCGUGCAAACCCUUUCUCCCGAGAGAAUUUCCCGCCAGGACCUAACUUCCAAAGUUCCAGCUGGCUAGCAUCCUCAGCAGCGAUGGCGACCGUCGAUCUUGAGCUUCCCGAGGCAUCUCACGGCUGGGAUUCCCAAUGCGCUCCUCGCAUGACGAAGGCACAGCGCGCCAAGCUGAAGGCCGCAUACAGACGAGAUCAUCCCAAGCAACUCGCGGAGGCCCCUGAAUUCCCCACGAGUUAUGGCUGCUGGAGGGAGCCCCCCGAUUGGUGGGUGAAGGAGCAGCAGGACGAGCAAGAAAAAUGGGCGCGCGUGGUUGGGCAAUUCGAGGGGCACAGGGCCGUGGCUGAGAGGGUUCGUGGAACUUUCCAGAAGCAGCUGGUUUUGAGGAAGGCUGAGCGCGCGAGGAGCAAGGAGAUCCGAAGCACCGGCCGCGAGAAAGGCGAAGGGCGAACUUUCUGAGAAAGGCGGCCUGAACUUUCUACGCUCACGGGGAAGCUUUCAGAAGCAGCAGCGGCGGCUCUGCACAUUUUCUGCGGGUUGAUCGCGUGAGGAGCAAUGAGAUCAUCUCACCAGCCGCGAGAGAGGCGAACUGUCGAAGUGAGGGAAUUCGAGUUCAGGAACGAAUCUAUAUGGAUUUCAGGAAACAAAUCGAUCUCUCGGAGCUUUCAGUUGGCCUAUUACGGCGGCAACUUCAAGUUGUAUGCGGGAGACAGGACGAUGUGCUCGGGGAGAGAGAGCACCUUCGACUGUCCAAGUACACAGGAGUUUUUUCUUGUUUUUCUCCUGUUAUUUGUACAAUUCUUUCAUUGACAUUAUUAUUGUCAUAACUUGGAAGUGCCUAGGGCAGGUGCUGAAUGUACCCCCCCCCCCCCCGGAAGAUAGACAAUGGACUUUGUAUACUACUUUUUCUUUUCCUGCUUAUGAAUUCUCAAAUCUGCUGCAUCAGGUCUAAAAGAUCCCUCUAUAUGGCGAUGCACUUGGAUGCACACACCCCUGUGCAAUGCUGAGAAACUGCAUGACGCCAGGGACAUGGCAAUGAAGAAGUGGUGGAGGUGUAGCCUAGGAGUAUUCCACCUCAACUCAAUAUGGAGCCUAGGUGUAGCCUAUGGAGUACUCACUGCUACUCUGCUGCUCUGCUUCCUCUGCUUCACUACUGCUGCUGGGUCCUCAAGAUUGUAUAGGUUUGUUGUCAAGUUGUUGUAAAGUGUCAUAGUAAUUCCUCCAUGCUGAUGUGUCUUCCUCUGCUGUGUUUGUUGGCCAUGAAUCAAGAGCAGUGAUAACUGCUGCUAUUGUACGUGAUCUUGUUGGAACUGCAGUUGCACGGAAGUCGAUGUCAACAUUCUGGAAGUCAGUUUCUUCGGGAUGUUGCCAACGUCCAAGAGAUAGCACUCUCUCAGAAGAUCCAGUAGUUCCUUGCGACUCGAAUUGAAGAACAAAACCCCAUACUGAGU